UGACGUUCGACAUGUCAUUGGUCUCUCUAAUCUGUGGCUCUUUUUCUGUUUGUUGAGAUUAUAAUUUUGUUUUUAUUUGAAAAACUUGAAAUCAACUUGAUUAGAAAUUUAUAACUUAAACUAAUUUUUUAAUUCAAUUGAAAUAUUACAUAUAUUUAAAUAUAAAUAUUUACCAGAAAGUAUUGAAAUAUGGAGGGCCCAGGAAUGAGUCUGUUUCAAGGUGCUCCAAGUAUACACGUAAAUAACAGUGCCCAAGACCGUUUAGAAGAACAGGAAGAACUAGAAGAUCAGAAACGACGAAAUGAAGAGCUCAAACAUAAGUUGGCUAACGCAUUUGAUGAUCUUUUAGAUGACGAUGAAGGGAGUUCGGUAAAUAGUAGCGCAAAUUUUACUAUGGAUGCAGGUCAAACUAAUGGUACUGCACAGCAAACCAGAACAGGCAUGCUUCCUACCUAUAUUGAAUCUCUGAACCAUCUAAAAGAGCAACACACACCAGACUCUCCAAAAUUAUAUUGUGAAACUCCAAAGAACCAUAUGGCUCAAAUAAGACAUCAAGAAGACCCUCUAAAGCUCCCAUUUAGUCCAUAUGGAGCUGGUGAUGGACAAAACUAUUACUUUCAACAUGAUAUUAGAGGUCAUCUUAAUGGUGUGAAUAAUGUUGAAGCAAGACAUGACUAUUUGAAUAGUGAACAGCUAAAAGUUAUGUAUGAGAUGCGCGUGAAGGAAUGCCAGCAAUUAGCAAGUCAAAUUGAAAAGUUAGACAAUGAGAUUGACAGCCUGCGAGCUAGACUUGCAGCCGCUGUUAGUGAUCGAGACAAGGUUGAGUUGUCGCUGCAAGAAGCACAUCACCUGCUUGCAUCUAGCAAGCAUAAGUUGAUUGAGCUGGAACAGCAAGUAAAUUCCCUCGCAGCAAAAUUAGUGGAGAGUGAUCAAGAGAAAGAACAGCUUAAAAUGGAGUUAAGGUCAGCUAAUAUUAGCCUACAAGAUGUCCAACAGAAAUUACAUACCAUGCAGGUCGCUCAUUCCCACGACACAGAUGCACUCUUCAGAGAACAGCAAGACAGACAUAGAGAGGAAAUGGACAGAUUACAAAAUGAUCUGAUAAAAGCCAAAAACAGACUUGAAGAAAAAGAAAAAGAAAUAAAAACUCUAGAACGGCGCUGUAUGGAAAGAGAUAGAGAAAAAGAAGAGAUAUUGAUUGAAAAAGGAGCUACUAUAAACCGUCUAGCGGGUGAGCUGGAAGCAGCGCAGAGUAGACUUGUCAGCGGAGAGACGGCGCGGCUCAAGGAAAGGGUAUCACAACUCACCGGUGAGAGGAACACUGCUAGGGAACAAGUCAAGGAACUAGGGUCUAAACUAGAAGUAACAGCUCAUGAAUUGGUACUAUGUCGAAAUAAAUUAGCUGCUAACCAGAAGGAACAUGAUAAUUACCGUUCAACGCUCAAUCAGAUACUUUCUGAAUCCUUACCUGAUGGUAAUUAUUUAGGAGACCCUCCUUCACCAGGGAGGUUAGCAACACUGAAAGAAAUUCUGAGUCGAUACAAAUUACAACUACAAAAGUUCUCUACACUACAAGAGGAAAUUGUAAAGAGAGACAAGAAACUAGAACAGCACCGUAAACAAGAAUCGGAGUUGCGGUCUAAGAUAGAAGAACAUAAAGGUAUCGAAAUGCAGCUGAACUCACAUGUCGCUGUACUUCAGAACAAACUCGAAUUGUUGGGAAGCAAUUCGGAUAGUGAGCUUCUUGAAAAUUACAAACAACAGAAUGAGCGGCUACAAACAGAACUGGAAGAGAGUAGGGCAGAAUUAAAAAAACUAGAUCUGAAAUAUACAGAACUUGAAAUGGAAUAUGAUAAACUGAAAUCGGAGAAAGGGAGCCGCGCGUCAAUAGUGCAAGAAGCGAACGCGGACUUGCUACGUGAAUUGGAACGCUACAGUGCGCAGCUUAAAGAAACCCUCAAAGAGAAUGGAGAACUUAAGAAUUUGUAUCUGCAGGCAUGCAGUACCCGGGAUGCUGCGACUAGAGAAUUAAAAGAUAUACAAACAAAAAUACAAAAAGAAAAAGAGUAUUUCAAAUCGCAAGAGAAAGAAUACAUUGAAAGAAUAGAGAAAGAGAAACAGCAAGCAGGAAAACUAUUAUCUGAUCUCAACAAUUCCAAGGAAGAACUAGACAAAGCUAACAAAAGAAUAUCUGAAUUACAAAAAGAGUUCACUGAUAAACAAAAAGAAUUCACUGAUAGACUUAACAAGUAUCUUGCAGAUGAGAAAAGUGCUAUGCGAAAAGAAAUGGAGCCAUGUGCACAAUGUGAAAAACAUAUAAAACAAAUUCGGUACCUAGAUGACCAACUUAGCAAAUGUAGUAUUAAAUUAGCAUCUCAGGAGAGUAAUGAGGAAUUGAUGCGGGAGCUAAAAGGCAAAGCGGAAUUCUUCCAACAGUACAUUGUUGACCGAUUUCGUAAAUUGGUUGAGCAGCGCAGCGUGGCCACCAAUACAGAUGGACCACAGCCCCCCGUCCCCACAGCCUGUAGUGAUCGUGUCGACCGUGAUGACCAUGACGACCGUGAUAACCGUGACGACCGUGACGACGAUGGUGGACUUGCUGCUAAGACUACUUUAAUGAUGAGAGAGAAAGUAAUAAGGGACCAAAUUGCUGAAAAGUUCACCUUAGAAAUGAAAACAAUGGAAAUGAACUGCGCAAGACGGAUCAAGGAAUUGGAAAAUGAACAUCUCAACACAAUAUCGAAACUAAAGGAACUCCUAGAACGCAAAGCUCAAGAAGUGGAGACGUUAAAGGAGUUCAUACUUACGGAACGAGCCAAGGUAUCGCAAAUACUCGAAUCUAAGGAAAACGAAAUAUCAGUACUAAUAAAAGAACAUAAUGAGUUACAAAUGGAAUGUCAAAAAGCUAAAGACAAUGUUGUGGAGUGGAGACUGAAAGCGGAAAGAUAUAAAGAACGAGCGACGCGAUUUGGCUCACUAGAAGAUGUGCUGAAGAAUGAAAGGGAAUCGUGCACAAAAGAGCGACAUGCCAUGAAAACGAAAUUGGCAGACCUACAAGCAAAACAAACACAACUAGAUGAGAAAUAUGAAAAAUUACAAAGAGAACAUUUAAUGUUACAAGAUAAGUACAAAAAUGCUAAGAAAACUGUAUUUACAUAUAAGGAUUAUGUAUCAAAGAAAGAUGCCCAUGUCAACAAUGAAAUAAAUCGGAUACAAGAUGAAUAUAGAAAGAUAUUUUUGAAAUUACAAAACCAAAUAAAUUAUCAUGUGAAUUGUAGGAUACAAGAAGAAAGAAGUAAAGGGAAACAUCCACAAUCACAACAAUUUGAUUUUACUGAUAAAAUGAAUAAACUAAACGAAGACUUCGCUCGACUCGCCCAGUCUAGAUUUAAAGAUGCACCGAAUUUGAACAACCAGUGACGCGACCAGUCGUCAUCGCGUUGUGUCUGAAGAUUUCCGUCCCGUCCUCAUGGAGGGCAAUCAGCCACCUCACAAGGCUUAAUGUAAUUUUGACUUGUAUAUUUAUUUUUAACGAUUAAAAGGGGCCAAGCAGCAGUACUUAAACAUUUUUCAAAUUUUCAAUCUAUAUUAUAUAUAUAUACUUUAAAGGAAAAGUGUUGCAUUUGUUAGAUAUAAGUAAUGACAUAAUAUUUUUUUAUCAUUAUUGCCCCAAUGAUUACAGUACAAUAAUUUUACUAUAUUAUAAUAAGUAUCUACAUUGAUUAGUAAAGUAAGUACGUUUUUAGAAGACUAUUCCAUGCUACAUAAAAAUACCUGUGAUAGUCUAACAAAUUACCAGUAUUAAAUAAAUGACAAAAGUUCAAAUCACAUUUGUACAUUCCUUUUAAUUCCAUUGUCUGUGUUUUAGUGUAUCAGGUACAUGUCAAUUAUUUUCUUGCUCAAAUUAUUGUUAUAUAAUGUUAACUAAUUUUCAUAAUUUUAUAGUUUAAUUAAUUAUAGGCCAUAGAAUAAUCGGGCUGUCGCUAUUUUGUGUUUCCUGUUAGAAAUUAAAUAAACACACUAUUUAUAGAAAA